CUGGAGCGGGAAUGCGGGCACACAAAUACCACCCGCCACCCAGGCCACGCCAACAGCGGCGGCAUCUCCAGGGCCGAUUGGAGUCGGGCACCGGGGAUGCAGGCGGCGGUAGCGGCGUCGACGUGGGCGCCGACCACCUCGCCUUCUACCUCCUCCUCCUCCUUCAAGGUCGUCGUCUCGUCGCGCUUGCGCGGGAGAACGCCCUCUGCCGCGGCAACUUCGGUAGCCGUGUCCACUCGCGCGCCGCCACAAGUUGUUCAACCCAUUGCCGACCCGAAUCCAGUGGUCGAUUCGUCAUUAACCGCUGAAAAUGUGGAGCUUGUUCUGGAUCAAGUCCGGCCGUAUCUCAUGGCAGACGGAGGCAACGUUGCCUUGCAUGAGAUCGACGGGAAUGUGGUGAGGCUGAAGCUGCAAGGAGCAUGCGGGGCGUGCCCGGGCUCCGUGAUGACCAUGAGGAUGGGCAUUCAGCGGCGUUUGAUGGAUGAAAUACCAGAGAUUGCUGCAGUUGAAGCUAUCACGGACAACGAGGCUGGGCUUAAGCUGAAGAAAGAGAAUGUUGAGAAGGUACUCGAUGAGAUCAGGCCAUACCUCACUGGCGCAGGAGGCGGUAAUCUCAGGUUUGUCGCGAUCAACAGAUUCUUCGUGAAAGUCCAACUCAGGGGCCCUGCAGCAGGUGUGGCGGCCAUCCGAGUUGCUGUAGCACAGAAGCUCAGAGAGAAGAUCCCAUCCAUCUCAGCUGUUCAGCUAUUGCCUUAGACUUCAACUGCAAAACAAUGCUGUGGUUAUCCAGGAAAAUGCUAUGAAUGUGCUAACUGAUCAAAUCACCACCGUAGCUGUUAGCUGGUAGCCUCAUGGAGAGUUUCUCAUCUCUAGUCAGAUAUUAUGCGACUAUUGAUGUGAAAUGUUGUAACAAGGUUCUUUUGGUCUCUUCCCCUUGGGAAGGAAAUGGAAAAGGUCAAUCUUGGUCGAAA